AUUAUGGACUAACACAAAGCAAACUGAAAUAAAAGAACGUAGGCACUGUCAACCCUUUUGAGUGGAUUUUGAUUUUACGCCCACCCCGAUCAGUCGCACGCGCCUCCACGUGACGGUUUUGUGCCGUGUCAGCGUAUUUGCCAAAGAAGCGUCCGUUUUAAUGGGGCCGCUUAAGAAGCUCAUCUGGUUAGAUUACAGCCGGGGAUUAGGGACUCGAGAAGGGCGCCGCAACGAGGACUACAAAAGGCAUCCGCUGGGAUGCUUCUGGCCUUCUUCUUUGCCCGCUGUUGUGUGACUGUGAAGCGGGGUUCGCAGUAGACCAGUCGGGGCGGCGGGGUCGCUACGCGCAAACGGGGCACGUCGCUAUGGGCAACUCGACAGGCAACACGGUGGACGAUUUGCAGGCGGUGGAGAUGCACCUGUGGUACAAGAAGUUCAUGACUGAGUGCCCGUCGGGUCAGCUCACCCUGCACGAGUUCAAGCAGUUCUUUGGCCUGCGCGGCCUCGACACGGAGGCCAACGCCUACAUCGAGCAGAUGUUCCGCACCUUCGACAUGAACAAGGACGGCUACAUCGACUUCAUGGAGUACGUGGCGGCGCUCAGCCUGGUGAUGCGCGGCAAGAUGGAGCACAAGCUACGCUGGUACUUCAAGCUCUACGACGUGGACGGCAACGGCUGCAUCGACCGCCACGAGCUGCUCAACAUCAUCAAGGUCGUUCGGAGCCACAACCGCACAAUUAAUAAUUCUCAAAAAGGAAAACGGAAGCGCUUAUCAAUCCCGCUGUCCCCUCAGGCCAUUCGCGCCAUUAACGGCAACGAGAACCAGGAAAUGACCGCUGAGGACUUCACCAACAGCGUCUUCAACAGGAUCGACAUCAACGGCGACGGCGAGCUGUCGCUGGACGAGUUUGUGGCGGGCGCUCGCAGCGACGACGACUUCAUGGAGGUGAUGAUGAAAAGUCUGGACCUGACUCACAUCGUGGCCAUGAUCCACAGCAGGCGGCACAGCGUUUAGUUUAGCAAAGCGUUUUCAUGUAAUAUGUGACACUAUGUCAAUAUUACAGAAAUGUUUUCAAUGUACGACAGCUACACUCACGCCACAAAAAGAAGUGUAUUCAUCGUCAUUUCAUACACAUGCCGGUUGCAUUCAAACCGAAUCCAGUCGGAAUCGAGGGAUUCAGUGGAUAUCAUCUACUGGCUUUUCUAAAUACAUGCAUUCUUUUGUAAAAUUUUUACUCUUUUUAUUUUGUAUAAUAUCAAAGAGCAUAGUAUACAAUGUAGGAACGGAUUAACUAGAUGAGCUGUGUUCAACUAGUGCCUUUUGGUUUGCUCCUUUCUACAAUAAAGUUGUCAUGUGAUCAGCCACGAGUGCUUCAAUGUUAGAUUCCAUUUUAUUGCAAUUAUAAAAAGGUCGAAAAGUGGUUGCAUAAUCAUCUAGAGCAGGUGUGUCAAACUCAUUUUUGCCACGGGCCACAUUGUAGUUGCGGUUUCCCCUCUGAGGGCCGUUAUGAUUGUGAAACAAUCCAAAUUUUUAAUCCCCUCAAUAUCUUUACACCGAUUUGGAAUCAGAAAUCAAGGUAAAUGUUUUUUUUUUUGACUAUUGUUCAUGUUUGGUAACAAUGUCAUUUAUGACGUGGCAAUUUGAAAUUUUAACAAUUCUGGAAGUUGACACACACUAUUUGCCUUUGCGGGCGACAUAAAACCAUAUGGCGGGCCAGAUCUGGCCCCCAGGCCUUGAGUUUGACACCUGUGCUUAGAGGUAUCUUAAAAUGUUUUUUUUUUUUUUUUUUUUUACUUCCACGAAUGGCUUUGCGUUACAUUUAUGGUGGUUACCGCUAAAACAAUUAACUUUUGUUUUAAUGUUAGAAAAAUACACCGCAACACUCCAUGCUAUUUGUUAGCCUGUCUAAGGGGUUUAGCAUUGUCAACAUUAGCAAAGACAAAACGGGCUUUCGUACGGCAAAGUUGUGUGGUUGUUCUAAAUGUACGACGUGCAGAAUUGCUCACAAUCUGGCAAACUCCUGCACGUUGUGACGCAAAUUGAGUUCACUGCCACUCAAAUUUGUGCUCAUGAGUCAAACCCCC